AGAGUCGAAGCUCAUAUUACUCCUUUCUCAACUAAUCUCUCUCGACAACUCUAUGGUCCCAUCACAUCUUUUUCAAGUUAUCUCUCUCGUUAGAUCAAUGGAUUUGGAUUCUCAUCCCAAGCCGGAGUCGAAGCUCAUGUCACUCAUUACUCAAACAGUCUCUCUCUUCAACUCUAUGAAUUUGGAUUCCCAGCCAAAGCCGCUUUCAGAUCUCAUAUCACGCAUUUCCUCUCUCGUGAAGUCUAAGGAUCUGGAUUCCCAGCGAAAGAAAGAGCGGGAUGACACAUUUGUGAAGUCACUCACAUCCCAAGUAUUCUCUACCAUAAACUCCUCUUUAGAUUCAGUUUCAGAGUCCAGUAUUGAAGCCUUGGUGUUGAAGCAAUUAACACUGGGUUUUACAUCUGCUCUCGGUUUCCAAUACAUCUUUGAAUCGGUAUCACAGCUAUUCCCUUCCCGGGAUCCGGAGUUCAUCGCACUGGUUGCUGAAACAUUGAGUCUAGAGCCGGAGCCGCCGGAGAUAAUAUCACUCGUCAAUCAAAUAUUAUCCCUCGUCAUCUCUAUGAAUUCAAAGUGGGAGAAGCUUAUUUCCUUUUGCUCUCAAGUAGAAGUAAAUAUGGAAGAAGGUAAAUUUCGUGUCACUCAAGAAACCAUGUCAAGGAGAAGGAACAAUAAGUGGGAGUGUCUCCCUUGGAACUGGGAAAUGUUAAGCUUAACAGGAGAAGAAGAUACCCACUUUCUCUGCCGCGGUUGUAAAGGAAAGAACCAUCAUGACUAUGAAAAGGCUCCAGCUGAAAUCAAACACUCUCUCCAUCCAAGGCAUGCUCUUCAGCUUGUUUUUUUACAACCCUAUAGUGAAACAAGGGAAUGUUAUUGUUGUGAUAAAGCUCUCAAAGGGAUACUUUAUUAUUGCUCAGCUUGCGAUAUUGCUAUUCAUUUUGCUUGUCUCGACAAACCACCGGUCUUAUCUGUAGACCAUCCGAAGUGGCAUGAGCAUACACUUGCUCUGUUUCCAAGUUUGGCUUCCUUUCCUUGCAACCUAUGUGCCUUAACACAUUCAAGCUGUCCAUUCUAUAUAUGUCCCCCUUGUGACUUUGUGGUCCAUAAAAGUUGUAUCAAUUUACCUAGAGUCAUAAGGAUAUCUCGCCAUCCCCAUCGUGUCUCUUUCACCCUUUCUUUUGACCAAGGUGAGUUGUUUUGUGGUGUUUGUCGAAGAAAGAUCGACAGAGACUAUGGAGGGUAUUUUUGCAUCGAGGACGGUUGUUCGUUUGCUGCUCAUUCUAAAUGCGCCACACAGAGCAAUGUGUGGGAUGGUAUAGAGCUUGAAGGAAAGCCAGAAGAAAUAGAAGAAGAAGUUGAGCCGUUUGUGAGGAUAAGCGACGGAAUCAUACAACACUUCAGUCAUCAACAACAUCAUUUGAGCCUUAAUGAGAGCACAUGUAUAGGUUUCGACGAGAAUAGGCAGUGUCAAGCAUGCGUCACGCCAAUCUAUCUCGGUAACUUUUACUCUUGUAUGCAAUGCGAUUAUAUUCUCCACGAAGCUUGUGCAAAUUUUCCUUGCAAACUACAUCACCCGAUACAUCCGCAUCUUCUCAAACUAGUUGGAGGAUAUGACGGUGUUAUAGAAGAUGACAAUAGAUGUUCAAUUUGUAAAUGGUCGUGCAGAGCUGGUUUCUCUUAUCAGUGCAGCAAAGAAGGAUGCCAGUUCCAGCUAGACGUGCAGUGUGCCACAAUUUCUGAGCCAUUAGUCCAUGAAAGUCACAUGCAUCCUUUAUUCCUAACAUCCAAACCAGGAGAGAAAAAGUGGUGCUGUGUUUGCAAAUUUGAACGCACAGACAAAACAUUCAACUGCAUCGAGUGCGAGUUUUCUUUGUGUUUCAGAUGUGCUACUUUACCUCAUACGGUGAGGUAUAAGCAUGAUAACCAUAUGCUCACUCUUUCUUAUGGAAAGGAGGGAAGUACCAUAACGUAUUGGUGAGAAGCUUGCGAGAGAAAAAUAAAUCCGGAGAAACGAUUUUAUAUGUGUGAUGAGUAUUGUUGCGUUACCCUACACAUUGACUGUUUGAUUGGAAAGGAUUUCUACAUGAAGCCUGGUUCAGUGUGGAUCUUAUAUGGUAGAGAGGUAAGUGUUCUACCCAACAAUCAGCAUAUGUCUCGACCUAUUUGCUCCAAAUGUGAGAAACGAUGUCCACAUAAAAUAGUUCUCCAGUGCAAGGGAUUAAUAUUUUGUUCCGAAAUUUGUAUGAUGCUUGGAAAAAAGUAGUCUUGAUGUCAUGCUCCGGUUGUAAUAAAU